GAUUGCAUAUACGCCAUUAAUGGGUUGCAAGAGGAAAAGAAACCGCUGUCAGGGAAGAGACGCGGCGGCGACUGAGGGGGAUCAGCUUCUAUCACAGCCUCAAUCAAUCUCCGGUCGGCGGCGGCGCUACAGACCGAUUGCCAGGGGUUUGGCAGGCCUUCAUCGAUGGAGAAAGAAGACACGAACGCGGAAUUAGCCGCCGCGGAGGCGAGUAGCGAUGCAAAGCCGGAAAAUGGCGCAGAAGAAGCCAGUGACGUUUCCUCAUCGUUUCCGAACGACGAAGAAGACAGUAAAGCUGAAGCUACAAAAAAGAAAAAGAAGAAGAACAAAAGCAAGAAAAAGAAAGAGUUGCCCCCGCAGACUGAUCCACCUUCUAUACCUGUUACUGAACUUUUCCCAUCUGGAGAGUUUCCUGAGGGUGAAAUCCAACAGUAUAAAGAUGACAACCUAUGGAGGACGACAUCUGAGGAGAAAAGGGAGUUGGAACGGUUAGAAAAACCAAUGUAUAAUUCUGUUCGCCGGGCAGCCGAGGUUCACCGACAGGUGAGAAAAUACAUCAGAGGGAUUCUAAAACCUGGAAUGUUGAUGACUGACAUAUGUGAAACACUGGAGAACACUGUUCGUAAGCUAAUCUCUGAAAAUGGUUUGCAAGCGGGGAUUGCAUUCCCAACAGGAUGCUCUUUGAACUGGGUUGCUGCACAUUGGACUCCCAAUUCCGGGGAUAAGACAGUGCUUGAGUAUGAUGAUGUUAUGAAGCUGGAUUUUGGAACCCAUGUUGAUGGACAUAUUGUUGAUUGUGCAUUUACAGUGGCCUUCAAUCCCAUGUUUAACCCAUUGCUUGAAGCGUCGCGUGAAGCAACCAAUGCUGGUAUUAAGGAAUCUGGAAUAGAUGUCCGUCUUUGCGAUGUUGGUGCUGCAAUUCAAGAGGUCAUGGAAUCAUAUGAAGUGGAAAUUAACGGAAAGGUGUAUCAAGUUAAAAGUAUAAGGAACUUGAAUGGACAUAGCAUCGGUCCCUAUCAAAUACAUGCUGGAAAAUCUGUUCCAAUUGUGAAGGGAGGGGAGCAGACAAAGAUGGAAGAGGGCGAAUUUUAUGCCAUUGAAACUUUUGGAUCAACUGGGAAGGGAUAUGUCAGGGAGGAUCUAGAGUGCAGCCACUACAUGAAGAACUUUGAUGCGGGACACAUCCCACUGAGGCUGCCAAGAGCGAAGCAGCUGCUAGCUUUAAUCAACAAGAACUUUUCGACCUUAGCUUUCUGCAAACGCUAUUUGGACCGCUUGGGGGAGACCAAGUACCUCAUGGCGCUUAAGAACCUGUGUGAUUCUGGCAUUGUUCAGCCGUAUCCUCCUCUGUGUGACGUGAAGGGAAGUUAUGUGUCUCAGUUCGAGCAUACCAUACUGCUCCGACCUACCUGCAAGGAGGUUAUCUCCAGGGGCGAGGACUACUGAUCAAUUCUGAUCACAGUGAAUGGAAGGGCCCAGUAAAUAACCAAGAGGCCGAGAUAGUUCGCGCCGUUGCCCUCGCAGUUUUCCUUGGUCCCAUCCCUAUCUUCUCGACAGACGGUUGUAUUUUGAUGGAGCUCAAGUUAAAUUACAGAAUAAAAUGUGAUCUUUAUGUUGCCUCAGGAUUCAUGUGGAAUAGAAAGUCUGUUCGUUUGUGAUAGUGAGGAUAAGCUGUUAAAUUACAGGACCUUAUCUUUUUUUUUUUU